CCCCCCUCGCCCUCGCACCAUCAUGGUCCUCCAGGACAAGUACGCCCGCGCCGCAUCCCGCAAGUACGCUCGCACCCACGCCCCGACCGCCGACGAGGCCGCCGACCACGCCGCCGUCGACGCCGCCCUGCGCGAGGCAGAAGGCCGCCGCCUCGGCACCAACGCCGACCGCUACCGCGAGGACGACGAGGAGCGCGCGAGGGAGCUCGGGAUCGUGCCGCCAAGGGAGGGCGACGACGAGGUCGACGAGGAGGAAGAGCGACGAAAAGCCGAGGAGCAAGAACAGCUCGACGCCUUCCUCGCGCGGCAGCGGGACAAGCUCGCGGCGCCGUCGGACGCGCCGGGCGAGCACGACGAGGACGAGGACGACGUCGACCAUUCGUUCGCGCACCUGCGCAUCGGCGGCAAGGGCCGCAUGCGGCCGCCGCCGGGAGGGCACAAGGCCAAGGUCGAGACGGACGAGGACAAGGAGGAGCUGAGGAGGAUGCAGGACGAGGCGAGGAGGAUGCAGGCGGUGCGAGACCUCAAGAAUCGAUUCUCGGGCUCGGCACCACGCUCUGCGCCACCGCCAUCGACACGACCGCCACCAGCCGCCUCGAGCCGACCGAGCGGCCCCUCUGCCACCACCGCCCUGCCGACCAAACCGGUCGUUCGGCCCGCUGCACAAGGGCAGGACUUUCUCGAUACGCUCCUCUGAGUUGUGCGUGUGCUGCAACUCGAGCCGGAUUCGUCUCGCGGC